GACAUUUCGACUGCGACACCCAGACUCGAACUUCAACUUCAAAGAGUCAGAGCAGUGACGAUCAUGGCGCUCAGCCAUGUCAUUACCAGGCGACCAUGAGGGGCUCAUUCCUUAGCAAGGAGUUCAGGGUGGCGUAGAAGAGAAGUUCUGGGGACCUUUGAAGGGAAAUAACAUGGCCAAACCGCAUGCUCAGAAGGUUUGUUUGGUUGACAUGCACUAGGAGUGUGUGACAGAAGGAUGGUACAAAUACGUGAGACUGCCGACAUGGCGGAGGAGGUGGGAAGCAGAGCCUCAUCAAAUGGAGGGGAAGAUGCCUCUGAGGUUUCUGAACCCGCCGAGGAGCAGCAAUUGCUGGGUUUGUCUGGGAAGUCCGGCGCAAUGCAGUCUGAACAGAAUGGCACCGGGAAAGCAAAAAAGAAGAAGGAAAAAGACAAACACAAGGACAAGGACAAGGAGAAAGAGAAGGAGAAGGACCGAAAACCUGACAAGGAGAAGGAUAAGAAGUUGACAAAGGCUGGGUCGUCCGGGAAGGGCAAAGCCAUUGUGCCUGCCAAAGCAACCAAACCCAAGGUCGCUGGCCCCAGCGAGGAUGACACUGUGCGGACAGAAUGCGAGAAGGCGGUGAAGACAAUGAAAAACAAUCCGCAGAGGGCUCAGAAAGCAAUCAAGGAGACAUGCCAGAAGCAUCCCACCAUCUCCCUGGGGUUCAGGUAUCAUGCCUACAUAGAGAAGCGGCUCGCGGAGCAGCAGAAUGAUGCGAGCAAGCUGAAGAAGCAGCACAUCAAGACAGCGCUCGAGGCUGCGAAGCUGGCGACCACACUGAGCCCCAACUCGGUAGAGCACGCCUUCUUUUAUGCGAUGUUGCUGCAAGAGUACGUCGAUGGGGAGGAGAAUGCGCAGGCCAUAGCGGAAUGCGAGCGUGCGCUGGGCAUUGUGGAGCCCAGGGAUCCGGCAAGGGACAUGCUGGGAGAACUGCCUGAAGAGCUGAAGACCACUGAGAUGAGGAUUGGCCACUUCAAGCACCAGCUGCGGCAGCUGUCGCAUCAGAUGAAGCUGUCGGGGCUGCAGCAUGUCUUCAAGCACGUGAGCGUGGACAGCGAGGGCAACUUCGUCCCGCUGAUGCGGCAAUUGCAGAGCAAUGACAAGGACCUGGAGCAGCGCAUCCUGCAGCCAAAACGAGCGAACGAGGUGAAAAAGAGCACCAAGACGGAGGCGGAACGGCGGAAGCAGAUUGAGGCGCAGCUGGAGGCGACGCGGCUGCUGAUGCAUCAGAAGGAGGCGCAGGAGAAGCGGAAGGGGGCUAAGGAGGCGGCAGAGGCGGGAGAGGUGGAGGAGCGAGAACAGCAGCGGGGCGGCAAGGGGGGGGAGAAGAAGCGGGGGGCCAAAAGCAAGGGCCAGAAGAAUGGGGCGGAUGAGAAGAUGAAGAAGGUGCAGCCGUUCUGGGAGACUGCGGUCUCGGAGCAGCGGGAGCAGCUGCUACAGGUGCCUGUCAGCGAGUUGGCGCAGCGGCUCAAGUCGAGCAGGAGUGCCGAGUCGAGCAGCGUGCUGGAGGAGGCGCUCGAGUUCUACAAGGAGAAUCAAGUGUGGAAGUACUGGCUCUGCCACAAGUGCAGCGCAAAGUUCAAGACGGGGAUCGAGCACAAGGUCCACGUCCAGGAGAAGCACCUCAUUUUCCCCGCGGGGGGCGACAUCUCUCCCGUGGACCUGCCCCCCAACUUUGACAUUGAUAAGAUGCUUCCAACCGACGGAAAGGAAGCUGCACGGCUCCUCCUGGAAGACGCCCUCCAAAAGCGUAUCAUCGGCCCCGAUGCAAAGCCGGCUCUAUCCCCUAACAGCCCUACGUCCGAGGCCCCUUUUCUCGACGCGCACGAGAGCGUCCCAAACGCGGCCGACGCGGACGGCAGCGAGGGGGGCCAGUCCGCAGAGAGCCAGUUUGAGGAAGCGGGGGAGCAGUUUGAGCCGCUGCUGAAGGAAGGCGAGGAGGGGGAGCACUUUGUGGACUCGGAGAACCCGCCCCCCGAGAUCGGCGAGCACUUCUGUCCGACGCAUGGGGCAAACGGCUGCCCGAUCUCGCUCGGGAAUCAGGACGUAGAGCUUCCAGUGGUGGAGGACGAGAAGCGGGCCAAGUCGCUGGGGGAGCUGCUGGGGCUCGUGCGCGUGCUGAUUGAGCACAAGCUGUUCUUCAUGAACCACCAGCACAAGAUCUUCCAGUUCCUCGUGGAUGUCCUGCAGAGCCUGCUCCCGGAUCCGUCCGCGUCGGUGGAGUGGCAGCACGACUGGAACCUGCUACGCAUGGUUGACGAGGAGAGCAUCGCCCAGGUGCGGCAAUACCUAGAGGACGAGAUCCUGGGAGAGGGCAGCGAUAACAAGCUGACGGUAACGUACAAUGUCGAGGAGGACGAGCCGGUCCCGCUCGACAUAACCCUGUCCGAAAGCGAGGAGGUUCUCGCCCCGUCCAAGCGGCUGAUGUACCUGCUGCUGUACAAGAAGGGGGAUCCCUUCCUGCCGGAGGGGGUGCCGGUGGCGGAAGCGGGGGGGGACGCGGGGGGGCCGAAGGAGGCCCCGGCCGCAGAGGAGAUGGAAGGCCCUGGGGCUGCACUUGCAGAGGAGAUUUUGAAGGAGCCCUCAGCUGGGGAAGAGGCGGAGGAGAAAGGGGCUUCGGCGAUGGAGAAAGAGCCUCUGAUUGGGCCGUUGGAGGAGACCGCUUCGGGAGAGGGCGCGGGGGAGAAGUCCACAGCUGACGAAUCUGAAAGCGGCAAGGGGAAAGAUGACGCGAAAGGAAUGGAGAUUGUGCCAAGAGAAGGGGAGCAGGUGGUGGAGCAGAGCCCGCCGGGGCCUGAGGAUCAGCUGCGAUGGAUCUUCGACGUGGACGAGAAGGUGUCGGACAGCGUCCCCAUCUCCUGGACGACCGACCGGGACCGCAAGAAGCGGCUGGCGGACGAAGUGUACAACGACCUGCGGAAGCACCACCGCGACCUCACCAAGUGCUUUCAGGAGAAGGUGGAUCUCCUGGUGGAGGACUCGUCGAUCCGCAACGCAGAGCAGGCCAUUAUGAUUGAGGUCAAGAACGCGGAGGAGCAGCGGACGCCCCGGAGCAGUCCCUCGUCCUCCGACGGCGAGAUCUCGUUCCAGAACGUGCUGCGCAUCCGCAUGGAGGAGCUUCAGCGCGAGCGGCUGUCCUUCGCCGGACGCGCCGACAAGAGCGACCAGCGCCGGCAAGUCGAGUCGGACCUGGAGGCGAUCCGGAUGAUUUUGAGCAAGGCCAACUCGCUGCAGAUUCACUUGCAGCGCGCGCGCCUCAACGGGCGCGGGCUUCCGGACUCGUCGGAGGACGAGGGCGAGUUCGAGAUCCUGGGGAUGCGCGACUCGACGCGGUUCAAGAACAAGAAGGUGCGCGCGGCGUUCGACAGCGCGCGCGCAGAGCUGGAGACCAGGAUGGAGAACAUCGAGAAGCGGGUCCUGGAUCUGCAGCGAGCCAUCUCCCUCGGUUAUGUUAACCUCCAAGAGGCCCUCGGGUUCGACUACCGCCAGGCGAUUGUCCCCAUCCUGAAGCAACACAUACAGCACAAGUUGGUGGCGGCCGUGGACGAGGACGCGAUCCGGAAGUCGGACGAGGCGCAGGCGACGCUCCUGUCCGACCUGGAGAAGGAGGGGAAGAAGGCGGAGCCCGCCAAGGUGGCCAAGGCAAAGGACGCCAAGAAGAAGGACCGGCGAAAGUCCAAGGACACCAAGAAGGUCGCCUCUGCGACCCUUUCCGAGCGGGACGUCGAUGAGGGCGAGGACUCCGAGGAAGAGCUGGCAGACAGCCCCAAGGAGACAAAGGCCGAGCUUCGACGACCAGAGGCGACUUAUGAUGACGAAGACGAGCGGCUUCUCGCGGCGAAUCUGGAGCGGCAGCGUCUGGCGGAGGAAGCCUUGGCGAAAGAGAAGAACAAGAGCCUGGACGCUGCAGCACGCCGAAAGAUCGAGCAGCAAGAGCGGGAAGCUCUCUUGCGGGAGGAGGAAGAGGAGCGGCAAUUCAAGCACGCCCUGGCCGAGAGCGAGCGUCAAGAAGCGGAGCGGCGAUCCAAGCAGCAGAACGGUGAUGCAGAUGCAGGGUGGGAACUGGCAGGGUCUAGCCGGCGAGGCGCCCAUUCACACAAUGACAGGGGAUCUGAGGAGAAGCGGUCGGGCCCUCCGGAAACUGAGCAGAGGCGGCCGGACGAGGGCCGGCGGCCAAUGACGACUGGGGGGAUGAGAGAGGGGCCACGCCAAAGGCACGACUCCACCCGCAUCCCCGUCGUGCAGCACCCGCAGCACCAUCAGCACGCCGCCCGCAACCCCCCCCCGGCGUCCCCCCCCCUCACCGGAAAAGCGGACAGCCUCGCGUUCCAACAGCUGGAAGACCUCUCCAAAUCCUCGUCCUGGUCCCACGUCGCGGGCUCGCGCGGCAACCAGCCAAAACCCCAAAACCCCCGCUCGUUAAAAGACCAACAACAGGCGGCGCUCGCACAGCGCCGGACUGCCGCGUACUACCCCGACUCGCCGGAAGUGUACCGGGGGGGUCAAGCGAACGGCAACGGGAGCUCCCCACAGUGGCACCAGCCCCAGAAUAACGACGCCGACAUGACGUCACUGUCUCUCGGCGGGCCGACCGGGUGGGAGGCGCAGGACGCGCGGGCCAAUGGCGGCCUGCCAGGGGUAGCGGAGGAGGAGCCCGACGUGUCGAACCUGAUGAGCAUGCUGCUGCCGAGUGGUCAGAAGCCGGACAACGGGUUUGCGGCCGCGCUGCGCACGGGACUGCCGGCGGAUAAUCGGGUGAACGGGAGCGGGCAGGACGGGGAGCGUCCACAGGAUCGGCCAGAUGGCGCGAUCCCGGAGGACGACAAGCGCUUCCAGGCCGACAUCCGGCUCGCGAUGCAGCAGUCCCUGCAAGCGUCAGGCGCUCCCUCCCGCCCCGCGUACCCCCCCGGACGUGCGCCCCCCUCGGCCAAUGGCAGCGCGCCAGCUGGCGCCGAGACGGGCCUGCAGGAGACGGUUGCGGGCAAGGGGCUGGUGAACGAGACGGGGCAGUACAACUGCUUCCUGAACGUCGUCAUCCAGUCGCUGUGGCACUUGAGGAGCUUCCGCAGGCGCCUGCUGGACCGCUCCAGCGAAGCCCACGCCCACGUGGGCCACCCGUGCGUGGUGUGCGCGCUGCGCGAGAUCUUCACGGCGCUCGACAACCGGGCGCCCGGCCCGGGGCAGCAGGGCGCGGUGGACCCGACGCCGCUGCGCAUGGCGCUCGACGCCAUGUACUCCGAAACCAACUUCUUCCAGGAGGGCCAAAUGAACGACGCGUCCGAGGUGCUGGACGCCGUAUUCGACGCGAUGCACAAGGCCUACACGGCGCCCCCCGGGCAGGAAUACGCAAGCUCCGACGAAGAGGCCAAGCCCGACGGCUGGACUUGCACGCAGCUGCGGCGGUGUAUCGUGCACGAUUUGUUCGGGCUUGAUGUCGCGGAGGAGAUGCAGUGCAACAACUGCCAGCUGGCGAGCCGCAAGCUCAAGUACACGUCGUACUUCCACAACAUCAAUGCGAGCGCGCUGCGGCGAGAAAAGGGCCUGGAGCCGAACCACACGCUGGCGGAGCUGCUCAACUGCAUCGACCACCACCACGACCUGCCAUGCGACCCCGACAUCGGCGGCUGCAACAAGGUCAACCGCAUGCAGUACGAGCUGCGCGCCACGCCGCAAGUCUUCACCACGGUCCUGGGAUGGCAAACUAGCCGCGAGAGCAUCGACGACAUCGCCGCGACUGUAUCCGCGAUUGAUGUGGACAUCGACGUUCUGACGGUGUACUCGGGCGCGCUGAGCGGGUUGCGGCACCGCCUCGUGUCGGUCGUCUGCUACUACGGCCAGCACUACCACUGCUUCGCCUACAACCAGGAGCUCGCGCGCUGGGUCAUGUUCGACGACACCACCGUCAAGUUGAUCGGAAGCUGGGACGACGUGAUGCGGGCAUGCUGCCGGGGUCAUUUGCAGCCACAAGUAUUGUUCUACGAACGAAUAGCAGACUGAGGGGAGCGGACUGGGGGAAGUGGAUAGAAGGGGCUUGCAACAAGGGGCCAGCGAUAGAUUUGAACUACAGCGGUUACGAGCACGUUGCGUCUUUUAAAAUGGCAAGAAGCAAUUCUGGCCGAAUACUUUGGAUAGUACGCUGCUUUCGCAAAU